GUGCUGAUCAUGAUGAAUGGAAUGAAGCAGAGGAGACCUAUGAUGAUGUCAUUACUGAAGACUCAGAUGAAGAUGUCUCUGAUGCCAAAGGUAGCCCUGAUUCUGGCAUGAUGCCAAGAUCACCUUCUCCACUUUCGCAGCAGCAAGAACAACAACAACAGCUGCAACAACAACAACAGCUGCAACAACAACAGCAGCACCUUCAGCAACAACAACAGCAGAUGCAGCAACAACAACAACUUCAGCAACAACAACAACAGCUGCAGCCACAGGAAGUAAAUCUUUUGGCACCAAAUCUUCCAGAAAGAGGUGACAAAGCAAUUGGUCAGAUAAUUGAUAUAGCAGGAGGUAAUGAGAAUCAGGCACAGGGAUCUGGUAACCAUGGUAGUGGGGAUCAGGCAGAUGCAGGCCACUCGGUAGACACAGGUGUGAUCCCUAUGACACCAUAUGAUGUAAUCCCUAUCAACUGCCCGCAGGACUGUGUCAUUGUUUACCCUUCUAUGCCAGGAGCAAUAGCAUUUCGCCGUGAAAAGAUAGGGUCACGGUUAUUACACUGUAUGAUUAAAAAAGAGAAUCUGAAGAAACUAGUGAGGGGCUGCAACUUGUUGCAAUACCUGACACUGGUAUCUGGUGAUAUGGCACGCGUGGAAAUUAGUUUCGACCCAUGGAAGGCUGGUUACAAAGGGAAGGAGGCCGAGGAAUUAGAUAAGAACAAGCCUUUUAAAGUCACAACUGUGGUUUCACACAGGUUGAAGAAACAAGUCAUGUUUGAAGCGAAGACAAAGAAUUCACCAAUGGCAUAUCUGAAGAUGAUGUUUGAGAAGUUGUUUUUUUAAACUGCAAUAUCAUUUUGGAUAUCGGACCCUAAUGAAAAUAAAUGCAAUCUGCUUUAUUGUUUUUUUCUCAAAUCAUGAUGUCACAAGAGAAAGAUAAUCUCUUACAUAGCAAAAAUGUAUUUUUUAAAGAAGAUAUACAAAAACUGUCAAAAAAAAGUCAAGGCCAGUGUUACGUUUUUUUUUAUAUGUUCAUGUGUACCAAAUAGGUAUUAGGGUUUGUUAUCCUGAAAUGCUAUACUGAAUCUGUGCAAAUUAUACUUUAUAAUAGUUUAAAAAAUGUGUUAAAGAUAUUGUCAAAAUGUAAAUUGUUUUGCAUAAUUUUUCUCAAGAUAAACACUUAGUUGCUUGCUUUUGUUUUUCAAACAAUGCUAUGAAAUAUUUAAAAAAAAACAAAAACAAAAACAAACCAAAAACAAAAAGUGAUAAUAGAUUGUUAGUGACAAGAAUAAUUGUUGUAAAUUUUUUUACGAGUUUUUAAAACACAUAUUAAUACUCUGAACAAUUUUGAAAUAUGAUUUUUUGUCUUAAAGGCCUAUUAUGCACUUUAAAUACUUUUAUUUUUAUUUCUUAAAAACUUUUUUUGUGUGUCUUGUUGUUGUUUCCAAAAAAGAUUCCCAUUGGCUAAUUAUGUGAACCAACUUUU